AUGACGGAGGCCUCACAACCAGUGGCAACCGCGUCGCAGCCACGAACAGCCUUACCCUCGCGGCCUCUAUCCAGAGGCCGCGAAGAAUCGGCUGCCACAAGCUCCUCGCGACCAUCGCCGGAUGGCGAGAAGCAAAGACGUCCCCUAAAGAGUGGCAGCAGAAGCCCAAGCGCGACUAGCGCCGCCGAACCAUCCACCAAAGGCGCCGGAACCAAGAAGAAGCAACAACCUGCGUCAUCGUCUGGCCACAGCCAGGUUUGCAGCAACUGUGGAACGACAGAAACGCCGCUAUGGAGAAGAUCCCCGCAAGGUGCUACCAUAUGCAACGCUUGUGGUCUCUAUCUGAGAGCCAGAAACUCGGCGCGACCAACGAAUCUGAAGAAGCCUCCAAAGGUAGUCUCUGCAGAACCAUCUAGAGAAAACCUGCCGAAGUCCGGUGGCUCUGGACAAGAUUCUGCGUCUAAAGUGGCUGGCGCGACCUACGUCGCUGCCGAGAAGACACCGUCAGGAACCUGCCCUGGAGGCGGCCGUUGUAAUGGAACGGGCGGUGCAGAGGGCUGUAAUGGGUGCCCUGCAUAUAAUAACCGCGUUUCAAAACUUAGCAUGCUGCAAAGGCAAGGUGGCUGUCAAGGAGGGGAUGAGCCAUCCGACGACGCUCCUGCCCCUAUCGAUAUCAAUGCGCUCCAGGCGCACAGUCAACAGUCCUCUGUGAUAAUUGCGUGCCAGAAUUGUGGUACUACGAUCACACCGCUAUGGAGACGAGAUGGAAAUGGUCAUGUCAUCUGCAAUGCAUGCGGUCUUUACUACAGGCUCCACGGAGUUCAUCGUCCAGUGACGAUGAAAAAAGCGACGAUCAAGAGACGCAAGAGAGUCAUUCCUGCAAACCAGGAGGAGGAAGGCGAAGACGAAGAUGUGGUAAUGGAAUCGCACAGCAACGAGACUACACCAGAACGAGGCACCAUUAAUGAUGACGGCUCUAUAAAUCUCGGAAUACGACGAAAGCCCGAAGAUCCUGUACCGAUGGAUUUGGACACACCUCGACAUCAAGUGAAGCAGCCAUCACCUCUGCCAACGUCAUUGCCGCCGGCUUCAGAUCUGGCAGCUUAUCGCCAAACGCCAUCCUCUGCUCGAAACGCGCAGCCUUCUCUAAACGAUGAGAACCGGUUACCGCCUCUCACAUCAAUGACAGCCGGCCCCGAAAGACAGUCGUCUGUUUCGCCGUCGUCAUUUAUCUCGCCGCGUAGAAAAAGAUCGUUCUCGACGACAGAUUCGGCUUCUGUCAUUGGCACAGAGGGUGGCUACGACAGUGCGAAGCGUGUGUCUUCUAUCAGGGAUAUCCUGAAUCCAGCAUCUAGCUCGUACGAGGGAAGAGAUGGCAGAUCGGAGUACUCGCUUCCACCGAUGAGAUCACCGGCCGAAGGAUUUACGCCGGUUAAUAGGCCAAGUGCUUAUUCUUCACGCGAUGGUACCCCGACAAGCAAUAGUCAUGAUGGCGAUCAUAGAGCAGAACGAACGCAGCUGCUGGAAAGAGAGACGGAAAGGAUCCGCGAAAUGCUCGCCGCAAAGGAGCGAGAGCUGUACAAACUCAGGACCGGAUAA